AUGUCUGACUAUGAAUCCGACGGCGAGGACUUCAACCCGCAGCCUGAGGUUGAUGAGGAUGACGUACCUGCAAGCGACGACCGCAAGCCUGUGAUCGGCGAAGAUGAGGACGACGCUCCAGCGCCCGCGCCUCCAGGCAACGAGGCUGAAGAGGAAGACGAGGACGAGGAAGGCGGCGAAGAGAACGAUGAGGACGAAGACGACGAAGAGGAAGAGGACGAUGAAGACGAGGUUGUGACCCGUCCUAAGAAACGCAAGAAGCUGAUGCGGCGACGCAACCAGUUCAUCGAGGAGGAGGCCGAGGUUGAUGAGGACGAAGACGAAGAGGAGGACGAGAACGAGGACUUCGAAAACGAGGUCCAUCCGGACGACUUGCUCGAGGCCACCCAGGCCGACCUCGACGAUCGCCACCAUCGAGAACUAGAUAACCGGCGGCAGGCGGAGCAGAAUCUCGAUGCGGAAGAAGUGGCUAGGCAGAUGGACGAGAAGUACCGCCGGCGCGAAAUGAUGAGUGCUCGCCGAGCAACGACGGGCGCCGUACCGACAUCACAACCCACCAUUGACGAUCCUUCGAUUUGGGUUCUCAAGUGCCGUCCGGGUAAAGAGCGCGAAGUCAUCAUGUCUAUCAUGAAGCGAAUCGACGAGCAGCUCCGCUAUGGCCGCCCAUGCCGCGUAUAUUCGGCCUUCGAGCGCGGAGGUUCCAUGUCGGGAUACAUCUAUGUCGAAGCCGACGCGAAACAGGAUAUGAUGGCUAUAGUGGACGGUGUCAUUCAUGUCUUCCUAGGAACACAACCAAUCUCUAUCGACGUCAAAGAGCGAACGGAGCUUCUGCGCAAGCGCAAGCGCACGCCGCUGGAGGAGGGCAAAUUCGUGCGCAUAGCCCGCGGUCUGUACAAGGGUGAUCUAGCGAAGAUUUCUGAGGUCAACGGCAAUGGUCUUGACUGCACUGUGCAGCUUGUUCCGCGUCUCGACUAUGGGCUGAACGAAGACGCGAAUGCCGCUGAUGGCGCAAAACGCAAGCGCCCGGCUUUCGGUCGUGUCCAAGAACGCCCUCCACAAAAGCUGUUCAACGAGAAUGAAGCGAAGAAGCGGCAUAUGAAGCAUCUCAACAUGGUCGGAUCCGGUAAUCAGAAGAUGUACACUUACAAGAACGAAGACUACGUCAAUGGCUUCCUCAUCAAGGAAUACAAGGUCAACCAUGUUUCCGCCGAAAAUAUGAACCCGCGGAUGGAGGAGCUGCAAUUUUUCGCUACCCCAGCCGCCGACGGCUCAGACGGCAUGGAUCUUUUGGCUGUACAAGCUGCACAGAAGGCCGGACAAACGGGCUCCAGCUUCCUUACCGGCGACAAGGUGGAGGUCUACGAUGGCGAACAAAGGGGUCUCCGGGGUAUUACUGUGACCUCAAAGGGUGACAUCGUAACGAUCCGCGUCACAGACGGUGAUUUGAAAGGUCGACGAAUCGAUACCCCAGUCAGGACCCUUCGUAAACUGUUCCAGGAAGGUGACCACGUCAAGGUCAUUGGUGGAAGCAAGUACAUUGACGAAGUCGGUAUGAUCACCAAGAUCAGGGAUGAUAAGAUUACCCUGCUUUCCGAUUCGACCCAGACCGAGAUCACUGUUUUUAGCAAGGACUUGAAGCGCGCAGCGGAUUCGGCUACGCUUGGGCCAGACUCAAAAUACGACCUAUACGAUCUAGUGCAGAUUGAUGCCUCCACCGUGGGUUGCGUAAUCAAGGUCGAUCGUGAAGUGCUGCGUGUGCUUGAUCAGCAAAGCACCGUCCGCACCCUUCUGCAUACUCAAGUUUCUGGCCUUGUUGGGCGCAACAAUAGGGCCGUUGCAACAGAUCGGGACGGUUCCGAAAUUCGAAACGACGAUACUGUCAAGGAGCACGGUGGAGAGAACCGACAAGGAAAGGUAAUUUACAUACACCGCGGUCAACUCUUUGUGCAAAACCGGGAGUACAACGAAAACAAUGGCGUGUUCGUUACUCGUAGCACGAAUGUUGUUACGAUGGCCGCGAAGAGCGGACGCGCACAAGCAGGUGGGCCUGAUCUUAGCGGCCUCAACCCUGCCUUACAACAACCGAACGGCGGCCCUGGUACCAUGGCUCCACCCCAAACGCGGACAUUUGGAAGAGAUAGGAUGAUUGGCAAGACCAUCACCGUUCGAAAAGGCCCCUACAAAGGUCUCCUCGGUAUCGUCAAGGACACCAUGGGCGACGACGCUCGCAUCGAGCUUCAUACCAAGAACAAGCAGAUCACGAUCAAGAAGGAGCUUCUCACAGUCAAAGACCCCGUCACAGGCAACAGCACAGACUUCGGCGGCGGCAAGUUCCCCAACCGUUCUCGCGGCGGCUACGGAGGUGCUACGCCCUACAACGGCGGCGGUCGUACGCCUGCUUGGGGCGGAGGCGGUUCUCGGAACGGUCCGUCAUGGGGUGGUGCCACGCCAGCUGCUGGUGGCAGCGGUGGUCGCACUCCAGCCUGGGGUGGAGGCGGCGGCCGGACGCCCGGGUGGGGCGGCGGCGACGGCUCGCGAACUGCAUACGGGGGCGCGACUGCAUAUGGCGGCGCAACCUCCUACGGCGGCGCAACUGCUUACGGCGGGAACGACGGGUCGAGCACUUCCUACGGGGGCUUCAACUCAGGCAGUCGGACGCCCGCUUGGGGCGCUGGUGCGUCUUCAACCAAUUCGAAGUCAAAUCUCUCGGCGCCGACGCCCGCGGCGUAUUCAGCACCUACUCCCGGUGGAUACGGAGCAUAUAGUGCUCCUACGCCGGGUGGACCGCCGCUUGAUGCCCCGACACCGGGGAACUACAGUGCUCCAACCCCGGGCAAUUACACGGCUCCUACUCCGGGAGACUAUUACACUACGCCUGCUGCGGCGCCGACGCCCGGGGCUUGGGGUGGUGAUGAGGAUCCGAGGUACGAUUAG